AAAGAUUUCGGGAUAUACUGCUUCUUCAUUCAAAUCAAGAUACAGAGAUUCUGCCCAUCUUUCAGCAGAGACGCUAUCCCAAACUGUAUGUGGAUGGACCUUUUGGAAGUCCCUUUGAGGAAUCCCUGAACUAUGAGGUCAGCCUCUGCGUGGCUGGAGGUAUUGGAGUUACACCAUUUGCAUCCAUACUCAACACACUGCUCGAUGGCUGGAAAUGCUACAAGCUCAGAAGACUCUACUUCAUUUGGGUCUGCAGGGACAUUGAAUCUUUCCGCUGGUUUGCAGAUCUGCUCUGUACAUUGCAUAACAAGCUUUGGCAGGAGAAUCGGCCAGACUAUAUAAAUAUCCAGCUGUACCUCAGUCAAACAGAUGGAAUACAGAAAAUAAUUGGUGAAAAAUAUCAAGCUUUAAACUCCAGGCUUUUAAUUGGACGACCCCGGUGGAAACUCCUGUUUGAUGACAUAGCAAAGUGUAACAGACGGAAGACCAUUGGAGUUUUCUGUUGUGGACCAAGCAAAAUGUCUAAGAUACUUCAUAAACUGAGCAACAGCAACAACUCUUACGGGACAAGGUUUGAGUACAAUAAAGAAUCCUUCAGCUAA